AUCGAGGAUCUUACGAUAGCGAUGUUCGAGGAUGCGGACAAGUAUAAUCGCGGUGCCAUCACCUACGAAGCGUUGAAGAACCAGCUCGAGAAGCACGGUGGCUUGCUGGAGAAUCUGAGCAUCAGCAUCGAUCGAUGGCUGGUGCCACUGCCGCAGGACGAUGGGAAGAAAAAGCGCAAGAAAAAGCCGCUGCCGCAUCAGCUGACGGCGCCGUACAUCAAGAACAACUACGUGUAUCUGUCCUUCCUGACCGUCUUCACGGUCAUUAACGUCGGACUGUUCAUAUCGCGUGCCAUCCAGUACCGCCACAGCAACGGGUUCGUCAUAAUGGCGCGGGCUUGUGGGCAAUGUCUCAACUUUAACUGUGCCUUCAUCCUGGUGCUGAUGCUGCGCCAGUGCAUCACGUUUCUGCGGACCCGCGGUUUUACCGCGUUCCUGCCACUCGAUCAGCACAUCUACCUGCACAAGCUGACCGGUGUCCUGGUGGCGGUCUUCAGUCUCGUCCACACCAUCAUGCACCUGUGCAACUUCACCACGAUCGUCGUGAACGAUCCGGUGAUCAACGCCAACAACUACACCACGGCCGAGUGGCUGUUUACGGCCCGGCCCGGCCUGUUCGGACUGAUCGGAGGAGUCGCCAAUCCGACCGGCAUCGCGCUGGCGGUGAUCCUGCUGGUUAUGUUCAUCUGCUCGCAGCCGUUCGUGCGACGCGGCGGUAGCUUCGAAGUUUUCUACUGGACGCACCUGCUGUACAUACCGUUCUGGAUUCUGGUACUGUUUCACGGACCCAACUUCUGGAAGUGGUUUAUAGUGCCCGGGAUGAUCUAUCUGGUCGAGCGUACGAUUAGAUUAGUUUGGAUGCGCACCGAGCACGGCAAGACGUACAUUUCGUCUGGGUUGCUACUUCCGUCGAAGGUGACGCACCUCGUCAUCAAGCGCCCGAUGCACUUCUGCUUCCGGCCGGGCGACUACGUGUUCGUCAACAUACCGGCGAUCGCACAGUACGAGUGGCACCCGUUCACACUGAGCAGCGCCCCGGAGCAGGAGGACUAUAUCUGGCUACACAUCCGCGGCGUCGGCGAGUGGACCAACCGGCUACACAACUUCUUCGAGCGCGAACAGGAGCGUCUGCACAACGGCGAAAUCCCUGCCAUCGUAGCCGGUUCCUCGGGAACGGCAGCCACCACCACCACCGCCGCUGGUGGUUCCAUUGAUCUGGUCCAGGAGAAGCGGCAAUCACCGACCGGCACACCGUUACCAGCGGCACCGACGGUAACGACUCACGCACCGAUUCACAAGAGUUCCAGUUUCGAAUCGGCCCUCAACAAACCGAAGACCGCUAUCGGAAGCGCUGGCGCAGGUCCUGGGCUACGGAACGACGGACCCAGCAGUCCGGCCGGGAUCAUAAAGUCACGACACCCACCCGGUACCUCGAAGCUGGCCAUGGAAGGAUACAGUGCACCAUCUCCGAUCAGUGCCGCAGCCGCCCAGCCGAAAUUCGAACGGCAAAUGUCGGAUAACCGAGCACUGAAGAAAAUACAGGCCACUCUGCAGCGCACUUUUUCGCGGCGUGAUCAGCUCAUACCGAAGUCGAUCGGUGGCGCGGGUGGCAUUUCGAACGAAGGGUUCACCGGAGAUGGUACCGAUGGUGCCGCCGGAGAAGCCGACCUGAAGGACACCAAACGGAAGGUGACGCCCGAACCAAGCCUGCACAAACUCAUCCUCCAGCAGAAGGUGCCACUCGAGAAGUCUCUCUCGAUGCCGGACAUGCAGAACAAGUUCAAGAAACGGGAGCGGAUGAUGGUGCUUCGGGAGUACAUGCGCUCCGAAUCGGAACGAUCGUUCGAUGAGGUCCAAAUUCGCAAGGCACGCCUGCAAUCGCUCGGAUUGGCCUACCUGAGUCCGCAGAAUAAGUCGCUGGCCCAAAGCUUCCGCUACAUGCGCAACAAACCGACAAUCAUCGCAUUCAAAACGCCGAGUCUGGAGAAUUGCGAACCGCGCGACUCGACCAAUUCGAUCGUCGUAUCGCCCGGAGUCUUCACGCAGAAGGAUGCCGAAGAGGGUCGGACGGGCGUAGCACUGGGAACGGGCGCAUCCGUGGAAGCUAUCGGAGUGACAGGCCCAUCGGGUUCGAGCCCGCCAACGGCUAAUCGGCCCGUGAACUACCCGGUCGGAAAGCCACUGGAAAUCUACAUUGACGGUCCGUACGGUGCACCUUCGAGCCACAUCUUCCAAGCGCAGCACGCCAUCCUGAUCGCGACCGGUAUCGGCGUAACGCCUUUCGCGUCGAUCCUCCAGUCCAUCAUGCACCGGUACUGGAAAGCCCGACACUGCUGCCCGCGCUGUAACUACGGGUGGUCGAGCGAAAUUCCACCCACGAUCAUGAACCUGCGCAAGGUAGACUUCUUCUGGAUCAAUCGCGAUCAGCGCUCGUUCGAGUGGUUCGUCAACCUGCUGUCGCAGCUCGAGAUUGAGCAAGCCGAGCUGGGCAGCGCGAUGGAGCGGUUCCUUGAGAUGCACAUGUACAUCACGAGCGCCCUGCAAAAGACGGAUAUGAAGGCGGUCGGGUUGCAGCUGGCGCUCGAUUUGCUGCACGAGAAGGAAAAGCGCGAUCUGAUCACGGGCCUCAAGACGCGCACCAACGCCGGUCGCCCGAACUGGGACAAGGUCUUCAAACAGAUCCAGGACCAGAAGAAGGGCAAGGUGACGGUAUUCUACUGUGGGCCCCCUCAGUUGGCCAAAACGCUGCGCUACAAGUGUGAUCAGUUUGGUUUCCAGUUCCGGAAGGAAGUGUUCUAA